CGUUUAUAAUUUAUAUGCCAGCGCUCGCGUUUGCUGCUUGUCUAGUUUGCCACCACGCCGCUAGCUUCCAAAAUCGCUGCAGGUCACCGGUCACCAGAACUCCCGACGCUGCGGACUCCACCGGCCACUGGCUCCUCUCUUUUCUUAGUUCCCUUCGUUUCGUGUAUUAAAGAUCCUUGCCAGCGGGUCAAGCUAUGGCAUUCCGCCGGGGGUUCGCGUCCUCCGCCGCCGCGUCUCUUAGCAAGAGGAGAUGGGAUGCGGUGGUGGUGGGCGGCGGCCACAAUGGCCUGACCGCGGCCGCCUACCUGGCCCGCUCCGGCCUCUCCGUCGCCGUCCUCGAGAAGCGCCACCUCGUCGGCGGCGCCGCUGUCACCGAGGAGAUCGUCCCCGGCUUCCACUUCUCCCGCUGUAGUUACCUCCAGAGCCUCCUCCGUCCUUCCGUCAUCCGAGACCUCGAGUUGGGGAGGCACGGACUGAAGCUUCUUCGAAGGAAUCCUUCAUCGUUUACUCCUUGUCUUGAUGGGCGUUAUCUCUUACUGGGUCCUGAUGGUGAUUUGAACCAUUCGGAGAUUGCCAAGUUCUCGAAGAAGGACGCCAUGACUUAUCCGAGAUACGAAAAGCAGCUGCAGAAAUUCUGUGAAUUUAUGGAUUUUCUUUUAGAUUCACCAACACCAGAAAUUAGGCACGAUGUUCCAUCCCUUCUUGGUCAGUUGAAUGCUAAGUUACAUGUAUCUGCAUUUUGGAGUCGUUGUCUCCAUCGAGUUGUUAACUUGGGACAAAAGGACAUGCUGGAUUUUAUGGAUCUUUUACUUUCACCCACAUCAAAGGUUCUGAAUAACUGGUUUGAGACAGAGGUGCUAAAGGCAACACUUGCCACAGAUGCUGUGAUAGGGUCUAUGGCAAGUGUCCACACACCGGGCUCAGGAUACGUUUUACUACAUCAUGUGAUGGGUGAAACUGAUGGUGAACGUGGUGUUUGGUCGUAUGUUGAAGGUGGAAUGGGCUCAGUGUCACUGGCUAUAAGUAAUGCAGCACGUGAAGCUGGGGCUCAUAUUGUAACAGAUGCAGAGGUUGCUCAAAUAAUAAUCAAUGAGAACACUGGAGCAGUAACAGGGGUAGCACUGGUAGAUGGUACCGAGGUGCAUUCAUCAGUUGUUCUAUCAAAUGCAACCCCCUAUCGAACUUUUGUGGAAUUAGUACCUCCAAAUGUCCUUCCUGAAGAUUUCAUUUGUGCUAUAAAGAACUCCGACUACAGCUCAGGAACAACAAAAAUAAACCUGGCUGUUGAUAAGUUGCCACAGUUUCAGUGUUGCAAGCCUAAUCCUUCACAGGCAGGUCCUCAACAUAUUGGCACCAUACACAUUGGAUCUGAGAGCAUGGAAGAAAUUGAUUUAGCAUACAAAGAUGCCUUGACUGGUGUACCAUCAAGAAGACCUCUUAUUGAAAUGACAAUCCCCUCUGUUUUGGACAGAACCAUUUCUCCACCUGGUCAGCAUGUGAUAAAUCUUUUUAUCCAAUAUACACCUUACAAACUUUCAGAAGGCAGCUGGAAAGAUGCUAAUAUCCGAGAAUCAUUUGCUAAAAGAUGUUUCUCGUUGAUCGAUGAAUAUGCACCAGGAUUUUGCUCAUCAAUUGUCGGCUAUGACAUGUUGACACCACCUGAUCUUGAAAAUGAGUUUGGCCUGACUGGAGGGAAUAUCUUUCAUGGUGCCAUGGGAUUGGAUUCUCUAUUCUUGUUGCGACCUGUCAAGCGAUGGUCGGAUUACAGAACACCUCUGAAGGGGCUGUAUUUAUGCGGGAGUGGUGCACACCCUGGAGGUGGUGUAAUGGGGGCACCUGGUCGUAAUGCUGCCUCUAUCGUCAUUCAAGAUAUGAAGUCGUAAAUGAAAUGAGGAAAGAAUCAUCUAAAAUGUCUUCCAACUAUAGGUAAUUUAGGCUGAUUCACUUACCAUGGCAUCACAUUGUUUCUGAAUAAAUCUUGGCUCAUGUUUGUUCAC